UCUCCACGUCAUCACCCUCCUCUCUCGCCUCUCGCCUCUACGGAUUCUUUGUAGAAUCGGCGGUCAACGAACCAAUCAAAUUAAAAACUCCUAUAUCCCUCAAAACGGCACCUUUUCAAACUCUCCAAAGAGAGUUGCAGAAUCGGCGGUUACUACCGGUGGCGGCGGUGGAGGAUACGUUAUCGUGACGGUGGAUGGGGAGGAUGGGAAAGAUGUACACGGUGAAUCCAAAUGAUUAUAAGUUAUUAGAAGAAGUAGGAUAUGGAGCGAGUGCUGUUGUUUAUAGAGCGAUCUAUAUUCCGUUUAAUGAAGUAGUCGCUAUUAAGUGUUUGGAUCUCGAUCGUUGCAAUAGCAAUCUGGAUGAUAUAAGGAGGGAAGCUCAAACCAUGAGUUUGAUAGAUCAUCCAAAUGUUAUUAGAGCUUAUUGUUCAUUUGUUGUUGACCAAAAUUUAUGGGUGGUCAUGCCGUUCAUGGCUGAGGGCUCUUGUUUGCACCUCAUGAAGAUAGCAUAUCACGAAGGAUUUGAGGAGUCUGCUAUUGGUUCUAUUCUGAAAGAAACGCUUAAGGCUUUGGAGUACCUGCAUCGACAAGGGCAUAUUCAUCGGGAUGUUAAAGCUGGAAACAUUCUACUGGAUACCAAUGGGAUUGUAAAGCUUGCUGACUUUGGUGUUUCAGCUUGCAUGUUUGAUACAGGUGAUCGACAGCGUUCCAGAAAUACUUUUGUGGGGACUCCAUGCUGGAUGGCACCUGAGGUUUUGCAGCCAGGAAGUGGAUAUAAUUCGAAGGCUGAUAUUUGGUCAUUUGGUAUAACGGCACUUGAGCUGGCCCAUGGCCAUGCACCUUUUUCAAAAUAUCCUCCAAUGAAGGUUCUUCUCAUGACCAUACAGAAUGCUCCUCCUGGUCUUGAUUAUGAUCGUGAUAAAAAAUUCUCUAAGUCUUUUAAAGAAAUGGUUGCAAUGUGCCUUGUGAAAGAUCAAACAAAGAGGCCAACUGCUGAGAAGUUAAUAAAACAUUCUUUUUUUAAGAAUGCAAAGCCUCCAGAGCUUUCUGUGAAGAAGUUGUUUGCAGACUUGCCCCCACUUUGGAAUCGUGUGAAAGCUAUUCAGCUUAAAGAUGCUGCACAGCUGGCUCUAAAGAGAAUGCCUUCUGCAGAACAAGAAGCAUUGUCACAGAGUGAGUAUCAACGCGGAGUUAGUGCCUGGAAUUUUGACCUUGAGGAUUUGAAAGCCCAAGCAUCACUAGUGCGAGAUGAUGAUGAUAUACCAGAGAUGAGGGAAGAAGAUGAAAGCAUUAAAUUUGGUGGUGGUAAGGCUGCUAUUGGUUCCCAAUCAAGUUCAGUGAAAAUAAAUUCAAAUAGUGAAAUGCAGCUGGCUGAGUACAGCAGACAAUUAAGUGGGUGUGAAUUGCCUCAGGCAGAUAACUUCAUUAAGAAGGGCAAGUUACCAGAAAGUGACUUGCUGGAAACCAGUAGCCUUGAAAAAGAGAGAAAUGGAUCAAUCUCUGAAGCAAAGGCCUCGACGUCAGAAAGCCUCAUGGCGCAGGCCAAGGCCAAAACAGUGAAAAGUCGCCAAACCCAUAGUGGGCCGCUCAUGCCUGGUACUGUAUUUUCUCAUUCAUUAUCAGAAAGGGGGCGCACUUCUGAAAGGUUUGAGAAUGAAAUUCAUCCAACAGCUGAAAGAGUCACCCGUGAACUUCGGAAAGGUCCAAGCUUUAGUGGUCCUCUAAUGCUUCCAAAUCGAGCUUCAGCGAACAGUUUAUCAGCUCCCAUAAAAUCUUCAGGAGGAUUUAGGGAUUCUUUGGAUGAAAAGUCGAAGACAAAUCUAGUCCAAAUAAAGGGGAGGUUCUCAGUUACAUCAGAAAAUUUAGAUCUUGUAAAGGAUAUUCCAUUAAGUACGGUUCCACGACGGUCUUCACAAUCACCACUGAGAAAGUCUGCUAGUGUUGGUGAGUGGAUGUUUGAGCCAAAGCAAAUGCCUGUGAAUCAGCCUCCAAAAGAGGUUAGCCACAAUAGUGUCCAUGCUCUACUCUUGCCUCAUCUUCAGAAUCUUUUUCAGCAGACCUCAAUUCAACAGGAUAUUAUUAUAAGUUUAUUGAAUAGCCUGCAGCCAGCUGAGGCCAUAGAAGCUGCUCAAAAUGGGAAGUUGCUGCCAUUGCCUCAUGGUUCAGAGAACAAUGGAAGUGUCGAAGCAGCAUCCUCUGAGAGGGAGAAAUCAUUAUUGAUCAAGAUCAUUGAGCUUCAAAAUAGGAUGGUGAAUUUGACCGAUGAACUGAAUGUUGAAAAGCUAAAAUAUGAGCGAUUGCAGCAGCAGCUGAAAGCCAUAUCUGGUAGGGAAGAGAAUGGGGAAAGGAGCGGAGUGGAUGCCUGAAAGCGUAAUUCUUAUCACGGUA